AACAGAUAUUUGCAGUACUGUUAUAUCGAUAUUUCUGUACACUUAACUUCUUGCAAACAUUUUUAAAGUUAAGGAAAAAAGGCUUUAAAAAUACAUUUCGGCUGUGCCUCUCCUCCCUAAAGAAUUUGUGAACACCAGCUGUGGUUAUAAACGAGUGCUUUGCAAACUGUAGAAUCCUUUCAGGGCACAAGAGCUACGGAGAGGGCUCUUUGGGCAGCAUUAGGUCAUCCCUUGACCACCUGGCCAAGCCUCACCUUUGGUUACCAGGACUCCAGCCAAUCAGUGCAGCUGCAGCCCCUCUACAUUACAUAUGCAGAACCAGCCUCCUGGCUCCUUCCUGUGCCUGCCCAGCACCAGCUGCAGACACAACAUGACGUGCAGCCCUGCUGUUGAGCAGGGGAGGUAAGUCUAAAGCUCCAGAAACCUGAGUCUGAAGACCAGACCCUCCCUUGUCUGCUGGCUUCUCAGUUUCCCUGCAGCUCCAGGGGGUUACUGGCAGGAAAUCCACUCCCAUGAAGCCCUCAAAGGCAUCCCAGCGUCACAGAAGCAUCCGGAGAAAUGCCAGCCAGCGCUACCUCUACCAGGAGUCCCUGCUGCUCAGUAACUUGGAUGACAGCUUUAAUGCUGAUGAAACAGGGGACAGCAGUGACCCGGAACAAAUCUUCCAGAACAUACAGUUCCAGAAAGAUCUCAUGGCAAAUAUUCGCUGCAGACCCUGGACCAUGGGACAGAAGCUGAGGGCACUGAGGCGAGCGAAGGAGAUUGUGCUCAAGUUCGAAGGGAGGCUGACCAGGACUCGAGGCUACCAAGCAGCAGGUGCAGAGCUGUGGCGGAAGUUUGCUCGUCUGGCCUGUAAUUUUGUGGUCAUCUUCAUUCCCUGGGAAAUGAGGAUAAAGAAAAUCGAGAGUCAUUUUGGGUCAGGUGUGGCCUCCUAUUUCAUAUUUCUGAGAUGGCUAUUUGGCAUUAACAUUGUACUCACGAUGAUGACAGGUGCUUUUAUUGUCAUUCCAGAGCUGAUCGCAGGUCAGCCCUUCGGAAGCACGGCCAGGAAGACCAUCCCGCCAGAGCAGGCUGCGUCUGCCCAGGACCUGGACACCGUCUGGUCCCUCGGGGGCUACCUGCAGUACUCCGUCCUCUUCUACGGCUACUACGGCAGGGAGAGGAGGAUCGGGAGAGCUGGCUACCGUCUGCCUCUUGCCUACUUCCUGGUGGGGAUGGCCGUGUUCGCUUACAGCUUUGUUAUUCUUUUAAAAAAGAUGGCGAAGAACUCCCGCACGAGCCUGGCCAGCGCAUCCAGGGAAAACUACACCUUCUGCUGGCGCGUGUUCUGUGCCUGGGACUACCUCAUCGGGAACCCAGAGGCUGCAGAGAGCAAGACUGCGGCCGUGGUCAACAGCAUCAGAGAGGCUAUCCUGGAAGAACAGGAAAAGAAGAAACGCAAAAACCUGGCUGUGACCGUCUGCCUCAGGAUCAUCGCCAACAUCCUGGUGCUGCUCUCCCUGGCCGGGAGCAUCUAUCUCAUCUACUUUGUGGUGGACAGGUCUCAGAAGCUGGAGCAGUCAAAGAAGGAGCUGACGCUCUGGGAGAAGAAUGAGGUGAGCGUGGUGGUGUCCCUCGUUACCAUGUUGGCCCCGUCUGCCUUUGACCUCAUCGCUGCCUUGGAGAUGUACCAUCCCCGGACCACACUGCGUUUCCAGCUGGCAAGGGUCCUGGUGCUGUAUCUGGGAAAUCUCUACAGCUUGAUCAUUGCCCUGUUGGACAAAGUGAACAGCAUGAGCACUCAGGAAGUAGCCUCAAAAAACAGCACGAAUGCCUGGGUAGAUUCUUCCAUCUUCUUCACCUCCGAGGCAGCCCUUGGAGAAGGGAAGUGGCCCAUGCCUGAGUCUGGAGCAGGGAGAAAUGGCACGUGGGUCUUGGAGGAGACAAAGGUCCCCAUGUACACAGUGCCACUCAACAAGGCCAACAAGACCACGCUGCACAACCAGAGUCUGCAAGGCCAGUGCUGGGAAACAUACGUGGGCCAGGAGAUGCUGAAGUUGUCCAUCAUUGACAUGCUCUUCACGGUAGCCAGCAUCCUGCUGAUAGACUUCUUCCGAGGACUUUUUGUUCGCUACUUAAGUGACUACUGGUGCUGGGACUUGGAAAGCAAGUUUCCUGAAUAUGGGGAAUUCAAAAUAGCUGAGAAUGUGCUACAUUUAGUCUACAACCAAGGAAUGAUUUGGAUGGGCGCCUUCUUCUCCCCCUGCCUGCCUGCGGUCAACGUCCUCAAACUCAUCGGGCUCAUGUACCUGAGGAGCUGGGCGGUGCUCACGUGCAAUGCACCCCACCAACAGGUGUUCCGUGCCUCCAGGUCCAACAACUUCUACCUGGCCAUGCUCCUAUUCAUGCUAUUUCUGUGCAUGCUGCCCACCAUCUUUGCUAUCGUGCGGUACAAGCCGUCCCUAAAUUGCGGGCCCUUCAGCGGGCAAGAAAAAAUCUAUGACAUCGUGUCAGAAACAAUCGAGAAUGACUUCCCCACAUGGGUCAGUGCUGUGGUCAGGCACCUCAGCAGCCCUGUGGUCAUCCUGCCUGCUGUGUUGCUGCUGUUCAUGCUCAUCUAUUACCUGCAGAGCAUCGCACGCUCCCUGAAGCUCAGCAACCAGCAGCUCAGAGUACAGAUCCAAAAUGCAAGAUCUGAAGAUAAGAAAAAAGUUGCCCAGAUGUUAGAAGCUCGAAUCCAGACCCAGGAGGAAAGCUCCAAGAGACUUCCAAAGGACGGUGACUUUGCACACAUGGUGACAUCCCUGAACAAUGGCACUAUGACCAGCUUUGACUCUCUGAGCAUCGAAAGUGGCAGGAUAGAGACCAUCACUCAGCCUGUGUCCCAGAGCCCCAGGCUGGGCCGCAGGGGUCCCUGCUCACCUCUUCCAGGUAUCUCCAAGCCAAGGCCAGAGCACCGUGCUGACAGCCCCUUGUCUUACAGGUGUCCACAAGGGCCAUGGGCCAGCACGGGGAACCUUCACCAGCACAGAACCUAUACACCUGUGAUGCUACCAGAGCACAUCGCAGAUGUACGAUCAGAACCUCUUUACCGAAAAGACUUCCGGCCAGUCUACCCGCCUGUUCGUGGCCCCGUGGUCUCGGCUUUGGGAGCACAUGGUCAUAGGCCCCACACCUCCAGGUACUACCUCAUGAAAGAGCGUGACUCCCACCAAAAGCCCCACCGGACUUUCAGGCCGGAAAAACAUUUCAAGACGAAUGUUCCCAGUGACAUGGUGGAGGUGCACCCCAGGAAUAUGCGCCACCACAUGUCCCAGGUGCUCCUGUGGCCUGGCUCUCUGCAACUGAGUGAAGAAGAGGAGGAGAUGCCAAGGAGAGCUGGGGACCAAUGGCUACUUGCUCCUCACUCCCUGACGGACCUCCAUCAAGCCCCUCAUUUUUACAUUGAUGAGCGGUCCAGAAGCCGAACCCGAGAUCCUGUGCCCCGGGGAAGGAGGCGUUGCAAAUCUGGGGGUGAUGAUUUUGAGGGUCAAGCCGCCAGGACUCUGUCUGUGCACAGGAGGCCCCGCUCCAGGAAUGGGCAGCACCCACAGCCCCCUCUGCAGCCCCAGGUCCAGCCCAAGGUUGAGCCAUUCUUCACAGAUUCUGACUCCAUGUCAGUGGUAUCCAGCAGUGAUCAGCAAAACAGCAGCGCUGACCAGUAUCUGCAAAUCACCCGCCGCCAGGGCAGGCUCCCAAGGGCCACAGGGCAAGCCAGCCACAAGAAGGCCAAGUCCAGGAGGGCACUGCCCACUGAGCUCGAUGACCUGGUCUGUUCCAAGGUCUAGGCUUCCUCCUGGGGCCCACGCACCAGGCCUGCACACUACCGCUCAGCCCUUCAGGAGAAAAGACUCUGCCACUGGACGCCAGAAGUUAUAUAGUACAUUUAACCAUACCCUUCAACUACUGGCCAAGGCCCUCAGUCUCAAACUGCAUGCUGAUUCUAUGGGAAACAGCCCCUCCUGGGUCCAGCACACCUCUGCUUCUCAUUCCAAGACAGCACAGGCAAGCCAGGUAGCUCAGCCCACUGUGGAAGCCCGGAUCCUCUCCUCCCUAAAACAAUAUGAGCUUGUCAUUUAUAUGUGAGUCCAUCCUUGUAUGUAGAAGCACCAGAAAUGAAAAUAAGGUGGCUAGCUCUAAGGGUUUCAUAGUGCUUAGUGAGUAAUAAAGUCAAGUAAUGAGAAGAGUAAUGACUCAACAAGAGCUUCUUCUAGGAUUUAGUGGGCUGUGUGUGUAUAUUAAUUAGUCAGAACACUAGGCUUGCACAGAAUCCAAGUUUUAUCCCUGAGUUUAUUGGCUUUUUAAUUGAGAAGAAUAGAGAGCAAGACCCAGAAAUGGACUCAGAUGUGGCAGGGCACUGAAUGUCUCCAGAAUUAUCUGUCUUUUCUUGGCUCUGCUGUCUCUGAGCAGCUCGAGCUCAUUUCUCCUAAGCCAACAGCUUCCUCCCUGUGGCAGGUGGAGGAGGAAUUCACAGAUGCAGAAAACAGCCAGUGUGCAGGGAAGCAGGUGUUGAAUACAGCACAGUAACCAGGACUGGGUCUUGGCCCAAACAGCCAUAGAACACCUUUCAUUCUAAGUGUGUCUUUCCAACAAUCUGUCUCCUCAAUCACACUUUGUCUUUGGAAUAAAAAUGGCAUUUUUUUCACUACUGCAUCCCUUGUGACAGACAUAGAAUAGAUUUUAUAUUUGUUUUCUGUUGCUACUGUGGAUCAAAAUAAUAGAGACCUGCUAAAGUUUAGAUCUCUUCAAUCAUAGCAGGCAUUGCAAUGGGAAUCCAAAUAACAUGGUGGAUUAUGGGAGCAUUCAAAAGUUAAGGCAAAGAGAAGUUUUUAAUAGCAAAACAAGGACUGUGUAUGUGGUCCUAAUCACUAGCCUUGGCAAGGGGUAGGUAACCAGCCCAAGGUUAGAUGGACAGUGACUGGGCCCUUGCAGAAGUACUGUCGGUGCUUGGCUGUGGUUCUGUGUAUUCUGUGGCUAGUUCACUACCAGCUGUCUGUGUUUGGGAUCCCUUCCUUUACAACCUCCUGGAUUUAUCUAUUUUCUCAUCAGAGCUUGGCUCCAGUUUGACUCUGACAGUGGCAAACUGAAUGGCUUGAACAACACUCACGUGUCAUCUCCAGUUUCCGCGGCGAGGAGUCCUGUUGUGGCUCAGCCAGUCUCACCAGUUGUAACCAGGGCAUCAGCCUGACUAGGAUCACAUCCCAGAUUUGAGGUCCCCUUGCCAGCUUAUGUGACUGUUGGCUGGAUGCCUCUCCGUGAAGUUCCAGGGUAAAGGUUAACACCUCUUAGAGGCUGCCCACGUAGGCCCACCGCAUGUCCUUCUAAACAUGGUUGGUUGUAUCAUCACAGUCAACUGAAAGGGUCUGUUUGGCUUUUGAUUGCUUUUUCCAGGAAAGGUCCAGGCUCUCUUUUUAGAAGGUUUCACCUGAGUCAGCCAGAAGCACCCAAGAGAAACUCUGAUGAUUAACUGGACUUUAACUGUUUGGAGACCUUAAUGCUAGCUUCAAAAUGACCUCACCUUAUCAGUUAACACAACCCACUGAGCAAACUCACCAAGGCCAGCACAGCAGGAAGAGAGGCACAUGGGGUGGAGAGGGGAGCAAAGAUAGUCAAAAAAAUCCAUGAUUCAGUAACUGGAUCACAAAUAGUAGGCUCAACAAAUUAGAGGCCAAGAUACACCACCACUUCUAACCAGAAAGAAAAGUCUGCACUAAUUAUUGACAUUUUACAAAUGCACACAGAUGAAUGCCCCUCCCUGGAAUAUGAAAGGAACGCCCCUGUUUUCAAAUUCUGGCCAUGAAAUGUCCGGUGAGGCCAUGGGAUGUCCACAGCGACCAAAGUGCUACUCUGCUGUGUAGCCCAGAGUUCACUGGGAUUCUGCAACCCAUCCGUGAAAGGCUGGCCCCACAGCCAGGGGCAUGUAGGAGUACCUGCCUGGGUAGGAGUAGGAGGGACGUCAGGAAGGCUGGAGGAUAAACCAGCCUUGGGACAUUGCUGUGGGAAGCUAGCAACCAGAACACACCCAGAGCGGUAGGCACAAUGUUGCCGUCUGUACUAUACACCUUGGCACUUAGCAACUGGGCUGUCUUCAAUUUAGAAAAACCUAAAAGAUACUUAUUAGCACAAAAAUGAGUGUGACACGUGCCUGUGGUCCUCCUGGGAGGGUCAAUAGUCAUUGAAAAUUUUUAUUUUAUUUUCAUCUAAAUAUUUUUCAUUAUAAAAAAGAAACUAUUAUAAUUAAAGUCCACAUUUAUCACCAUACUAAAUCUCAUGCCCUGUCAGGAAGUUGGUAUGAAUUCAUCCAGUAGAUCAUCUGUAGUUACAGAUGUGUUUAUGCAGCAGCAUCUGUAAGCAAUAUCUAAAUACAUUUUACUCAGCUAAAUUUUGUUACCCUGCAUGUACCUUGUAUGGAUUUAUGUUUCUGAUGCUUAUAGAUCAAAGCUCACUCAGGAUUGCUGCAUCAUAUAGAAUCAUGCAAAUAAACCAUCUGAUACUUCCCCA